AUGGAUCUCCCCUGCUAUUUUCUUUUACUUCCUCUGUUUGUUUUCAUUUUCUUUCUUCAUAAAUGGCUUUUUACUAAUUUCAACACUUCAAAAAAGUUACCACCAUCUCCGAGAAAGCUUCCCAUUAUAGGGAAUUUGCAUCAACUCGGUCUGCAUCCUCACCGUUCUCUCCAUAAGUUAUCCAAAAAAUAUGGUCCAGUCAUGCUACUUCACUUGGGCAGUAAGCCAGUGUUUGUUGCUUCUUCUGCUGAAGCUUCUCGUGAUAUCAUGAAAACUCACGAUCUCGUAUUCUCAAGCAGGCCUAACUCUAGAAUGGCAGAUAAACUCCUUUAUGGCUCUAAGGAUGUGGCUUUUAGUCCUUAUGGUGAAUAUUGGAGACAAGUUAGAAGUGUCACUGUACUUCACCUUCUCAGCAACAAAAGAGUUCGAUCUUAUAGUGAUAUCAGAGAAGAAGAGACAUCGAAUAUGAUUGAAAAAAUCAAGCAAGGAUGUGAUUCUUCGAAUUCAGUGAUAGAUUUGAGAGAUGUUUUCAGUUGUAUGACUAAUAACAUAAUUAGCAGAGUGGCAUUAGGGAGGAAAUAUGAUGAAGUGAAUAAAAGUGGGAUGAAUGCUAAGGCAAUCAUAGAAAAACUUCUUUCACUUUUAGGUACUCUUAACAUUGGGGAUUAUAUUCCAUGGCUUGAAUGGGUCAAUAGAAUCACUGGUCUUGACACUAAAGUGGACAAAGUGGCGAAAGAGUUGGAUAUAUUUUUGGAGAGUGUGUUUGAAGAACACAUUAUUAGGAACACAAAAGGAGAAUACCACGCGGAUGAAGCUAAAGACUUUGUGGACGUUUUGUUGGAAAUUCAGAAUGGAAAGGAAACUGGAUUUAUUCUUCAAAGGGAUUCAUUGAAGGCUCUCUUCGUGGAUUCAUUUGCUGCUGGUACGGACACAACACAUACAGCUCUAGAAUGGACAAUGACAGAGCUUUUGAGGCAUCCAAGAGCGAUGGAAACAUUACAAAAUGAAGUGAGGGGAUUAGUCCAAGGGAAAGCGGAGAUAAAAGAGGAUGACUUGGGAAAUAUGCACUAUCUGAAAGCAGCGAUCAAGGAGAGUCUUAGGCUUCAUCCACCGAUUCCACUAUUAAUUCCCCGAGAAUCAAUUAAAGAUGUAAAAUUACUAGGCUAUCACAUACCUGCUAAAACUCAAGUGAUUAUCAAUGCUUGGUCAAUUGGAAGAGACCCGUUGUUGUGGGAAAAUCCAGAGGAAUUCCGACCAGAGAGGUUCUUGAAUAGUGAUAUUGAUGUCAAAGGACUAAACUUUGAGUUGAUUCCGUUUGGAGGUGGCAGGAGAGGCUGUCCAGGAAGUACUUUUGCUAUUAUGGUGAAUGAGCUAGCAUUAGCAAGGAUUGUGCACAAGUUCAAUUUAGCAUUACCAAAAGAAGAAGAAUUGGACAUGACUGAAUGCACUGGCAUCACUAUUCGUAGGAAAUCACCUUUGCUAGCAAUUGCCACUCCAUGUUCUGAUUAA